GGUAUGGAGCCUCCAGAGACCCGCCGCCUGUCAAGCAGAGGCGGCAAAUCUUCCGCCAGGGGACGCGGCCGGGGCUCUCCUGGCUGCCAUUGAGAGGGACUAUGCAGAGCUGCAGCGCAUCCCCAACAACUGGGUCGUCAGCCGGGUGCCUACGCCUGGUGCGCCUGCGCGCUCCCGAAAGGUGGGCCAGAUCUCGGAGUCAGAGGAGGCGCCUUUGCCCCAGCACGUGGAUGUCGCAGAGGUUCUGGGCAUUCCCAACCCCUUGCUGGGGGCCAUGCUGGCCGGGAAAUGCCGGGACCAGCACAUCCUGGUGACCAAAGAGCGGCAGCGGCGCUUCGCGGAGUUUGUCCUUUCCAACUGCUCCGGCAACUCGUUUUCCAUGUCGGACUGCAACGUGGGCCCAGAGUGCGCCAAGGCUGUGGCUAUGACCUUGGCUUUGUGCACCCAGUACACGGAGCUGAACUUGUCGCGCAACAGCUUGGGGGAUCAAGGAGCUCAUGUCAUCGCCUCCCUUCUGAUGAAGAACUCGGGCCUAACGGCCGUGGAUGUCUCGGCGAAUGAUAUCAGCUGCCGAGGUGUGAACUUCAUCCUCACUGCCAUGCUUGUGAACUGCCACGUGCAAUCGCUGGACCUGUCCUCCAAGACCGCGAGCCUUCGCAACCGCCUGGCCCAGCAGAGUGCCGGCGUCCUGGAGGACGACCUGCUCACCAAGAACUCCACUUUGCUCCACCUGAACUUGGCAUCCACCAACCUGGGCUUUGGAGGCGCUCAGGGCCUUGCGCGGGGAUUGGUGGGGAACCACACGCUCCAGAGCCUGGACAUCUCUCAGAACGACAUCGGGGACCGGGGCGGCACCUGCGUGGCAGCGGCCCUGAAGGACUGUGGGCUCUUAGACUUGAACCUCGCGGACAACCGCAUCGGGGACGAGGGCUUUCUGAACCUUGGAGCUUGCCUGGGUGCACUGCCCCGGGAGACCCAGAGCUCAGUGUGGUCCAGGGCCUUGGAUCCCCAGAAGGCUGCCGCCAAGUACGUUGACAGCGUCCACUUCUUGCGGCGCCUGGUACUGGAAGUGGAGGAGAAGGAGCUGCAUGUGGUCCCCCACGGCUCGGAUCUCACCCACCUGCAGAGCAUCCAGGAGGCGGCGGAUGCGCUGCACAUGGCCGUCAGGGGCGCGGAGGUCACUUUGCCCAAGCUCACUUCGCUGACUCUCUCCAACAACUCAGCGACUGCCAUUGGGGUGCGUGGCUUGGCAGACGCGCUGCACGUGAACUGCAUGCUGGAGAAGGUGUGCAUGGACCAUUGCGAGCACCGGGACGCCGACCACGGCGUCCACUCCUUGGUCACGUCUUUACCGGCGAACACCACGCUGAGGCACCUCAGCCUGUCCUGCGCCGUGCUGGGGCCGGCGGGGCUGGUGAAUCUGGCGAAAGUGAUGGCUGCCAACAAGGCUCUGCGAGUCUUAAACCUCUCGGGGAACAUCUUCGACUCUGUGUCGGCGCAAGCGUGGGCUGUGACACUAGGCGGCAACACAGCGCUGAAGCAGCUGUGCCUCAGCGCUUGCCAUCUCAACGAUGCGGCGGGCCAGGUGCUCGCCGAAGGCCUCGCGGAGAACGAAGGUCUGCAGCAGUUGUCCCUCCGCGACAAUGCCUUGAGGGAUCAAGCCGCCGCCGCUCUGGAGGAGGCCUUGCUGCACAACGGCACCCUGAUCCAGCUGAACCUGGAGCUCAACAGCAUUGACUUCCGCAGUUUGGCGAAGAUCAAGCAGCUGUUGGAGCGGAACUCCAAGAUCAGAGACAAGGGCCUGCCGGACAAGUAUCGCUCCCGCAUCGGGGACCUGUCGCAGUGCAAGCGGGAAGUGGAACGGAUGACGAAGGUGCUUUCGAGAAACCACCAGAAGAAACGCAUCGCUCUCUGGAAGCAAGCAGCGAAGGUGCAGAAGCUGAAAGAUGAGAAAGAGGAAGACCGCCAGAGGCAGGAGCAAGUGGAGGAGCAAUUGCAGGAGCUGCUGCAGACGCAAGAGCAGAUGGACCAGGA